AUGGCGAUGACGGACAGAACAGCACAGACCGAGCGAGAACAGCGUGCUCUGCCCUCCUAUCCAGCUCGUCGUCGCGACAAACCGAUGCGCGGCCUGCCACGCCCGGCGUCGACCUCAUUCGCCGCGAGUGCCCAACCGCACGGUCGCCGCCAACACCCCACCGCCGGCACCGAGCGCCGCAACUCGGCCACAGCAAUCGCAGGGCCUCAUUCGUCGAUCAAUCGCGCCAUGGGGAUACUCGAUUCGUACCGCCCCGUGGGGAGCGAUGCAGGAACCAAUACAGUCGCUUGCAGGAUCGCUGAGGCGCUGUGGGGCCCCGGACGAGGCCUUCACGAGCCUGGGUGCACCGAGUCCCCCCUCGUCCCAGAGGCAACGAGAGCGAAACCCGCCGGGGGCACGUCCAAUCACCGAAGACAAGCAGCCAGUCGGCCAGCGCGCGGCCAAGCCAAGCGAGAGACCCUGGCUGGCCCCGAAGCAUCGUUGACGUGGUCGACGCCGUCGCAGAGCGGCAGAAAAGAGGACAGACCGUGCAGAGACCGUGCAGAGGCCCGGCGCGCGCGAGGAACCGGAAACCCGCUCGAGCGUCGGGCGUCGGUCGAACGAGCGCCCCCGGACCAACACCUCCCCAGAUCGAUGGCGGUCAAGGUAGAGAGAGCACAGUCACAGCGGCUGAGGCCACCGGCCGUCGCCUCGCGGUUCUGCGUCUUGUCUCCGCCUCAUGAACGCUUGCCGGGGAGUGGGACGCGAGAUCGUCCGCGUCGAGCGGCUCGCUUGCUCGCUCGCGACGUCCGUCGCGCUAGCCAACGCGGCCGCGACAGACACGGCGUGAGUGUCAAGACGAUGGCACCGCGUCACGCUGUGCGCCUCGCCAUGGCUCCACAUCGAUCUGCGGCAAGCCGCCGUGUCCACAAGCAGGCAGAUGGCUACGCGCCCGCGUAUCCCGACGUAAAAAAACACGAACCCCAGCGCGCCGCCCAUCAGGCGGUCGGUCGAUCGGCUGUGAUCGCGACGGCGUGUGAGACGGGCGGUUCGAUGCGCUGGACGACGCGGUCCGCGCGCGUUCACUGCAUCCCGAGCCAGACCUCCUUGGACUUCGAGGGCGGCAGCCUAGAGCUCGCAGAACGCCCAAGGGGUGGACUGGCCAAGGGCGGGCAGCCGCCGCGGAGCAGCUCCAAGGUGAAUGAUCGGAGGAAUUAUGCAUGGCGCCCUGGCGCCUACCUUGGGCUUUUUGCCGCGGGUCGGCUGAGUAGGAAGGGAUAG